CACAAUGGUGGUGGGCGAAGUGAAACGGUCCACCAAUAUCAUGGACGGGAUAGAGAACACCGGGGACGUGCGGCUGCACGACCACCGGUUACGGCUCAAACAGAGGUUUGACAUAGUCAGAAAACUAGGUCAAGGCACGUACGGGAAAGUUCAGCUUGGCAUCAACAAGAAGACUGGGCAGGAGGUCGCCAUAAAAACCAUAAAGAAAUGCAAGAUCGAAUCUGAAGCGGACCUGGUCCGCAUUCGGAGAGAGGUGCAGAUCAUGUCUUCCGUGAGGCAUCCGAACAUUGUACAUAUUUAUGAAGUAUUUGAAAACAGUGAAAAGAUGAUACUCGUGAUGGAGUAUUGCUCCGGCGGAGAACUGUAUGAUUAUCUUAGUCAGAAAAAAGUAUUACAAGAAGAAGAGGCUAGAAGGUUAUUUCGUCAGAUAGCGACUGCUGUGUAUUAUUGCCAUAUUCAUAAAAUUUGCCAUAGAGAUUUGAAGUUGGAAAAUGUAUUGCUCGAUCACACUGGUAGUGCCAAGAUUGCUGAUUUCGGUCUCUCAAACGUAUUCAAAGAGACAUCGCUUCUGUCCACAUUCUGCGGGUCACCGCUGUACGCGUCGCCUGAAAUCGUUAAAGGAACGCCGUACAUCGGCCCUGAGGUGGAUUGUUGGUCGUUGGGGGUGCUUCUUUAUACUCUAGUCUACGGAGCCAUGCCGUUCGACGGCUCCAACUUCAAGCGCUUGGUGCGACAGAUUAGCAACGGCGACUAUUAUGAGCCCAAGAACCCUUCGUCUGCGUCACCGCUCAUUCGCGAUAUGCUCACGGUGGAUCCGCUGAAACGUGCCGACAUCGCGUACAUUUGCGACAAUCCAUGGGUGAACGCCGGUUGCGAGACGUCAUGCCUGGAGAUGGCAGAGUUGCUAGCGGCUGAGACACCAGUGCGCUUGGAUUUGCUACUGUCUCUAGCGCCGGCUGCGCCUUCCAACUCAAACUCUGUCGUCGUGCCCUCGUCAGAGCAAGCAGAACUGGGCCCAGAGGAGAGCGGAGCAGACCUCACGAGCUCCGCGUCUAAGGCCGUGGAGCCUAGCAAUUCCGCUGAGAAGAGGAUCCUUGAACUGGUGGCAGAGGGUGGUGAAGACGCGAUCAAACCGUCGCCGACGCGUACGAUAGUGUCGGCAAGCGACAACAAGCGGAAGUUAGAACUGGCUAUGUCUGCCAGCGGUCUACAGAGGAAGAAGGAACGCGUUGCCAGCUGUGCAAGCAUCUCGCCACAAGCGCCCGUGCCAGAAGAAACUCCCGCCGACACGCCGCCAGAACCAGAACCAGAGACGAGCGUGCAGCCAGGCCUGAAGUCAUCAGCUACAAUCACAAUCGCUCCCUCGCCUGCGCCUGAGCCCGGCCCUGCCCCCUCUGUGCCCGCCCCCGCGCCCGCCCCUCUACCCGCGCCCAAACCAGUGAAGGAGCCUGCUAAGGGCCGCGCCACGUCCACGCCGCGGGAGAAAACUAAGGAAGAAAAGCCUGAGAAAAAGGAGGAGCCUAAGGUCGAAGAAACUAAGCCAAGUGCUGUAGCAUCUGCCGCGGACAAACUGACGUCCCUAUCUCUAUCGCAGCCGACACCAGCCAACCAGACUCCGGUUAAGCCCAAGAAACUCUCCAUACCUGGCGGCAAUGUGGGUAGCUUCAAGGAUCAGUUCGAGAGAAGAGCGUCUCUGACGUCACCACCAGAGCCGAAACGAAUAGUGCCCAAACCAGUAGUGUCCAAAAUUGCCAAGCCCAAAGCGCAGAGUGAGGAGCGUGAAUCGGCGCCGCGGCCUGAGCCCGGCUCUGUGCGUUUGCAACAGAUCGGCAUCGAGCCCUCGCCGACACCAACAGAAGAGCCGAGUCGCGGCGGCGUGAAGAAGACCGAGAGUGAACCCUCGCACGGCACUCCCGCUGUCGACCCCUCUGUACUGCUGCAAGACGCUAGGAGAAGUCUACAAAACUCAAUGGCAAAACUCGUUGAAGAGAAAGCCGGUGAAGAAAACCGCAGGCGAGCGGCUCGCGAUAUCAUCUCUACUGCCAUACGUACAGAUCCCCCAGGCAAGCCGCCAGUGCCAUACGGGCGGUCGUCGUCGGCGGGCGUGGCGUCGCUAGUGUCGCCGCCCGGCACGCCGCCUGCCGCGCCUUCGUCCACGCCGAGAGUGUUCCGCACAGAGGCGCAGCAUCGUGUAGAAGACCAUCGUAAUAGGGGCGUGUCAGUGGAGCGCAUCAUCCCCAUCCAUGUGGCUGAAGAUGCGCCGGCGCCGUCCACGCCGAAGCCGGCGCCGCCUGCCACGCCGCCCGCCGCGCCCAGGCCCGCACAGACACCGCUCAGGCGGCUGGUAUCAUCCGAAUCCAGCGCAAGCGAAGCGUGCUCCAGCCCCGGCGAGCCGAUCAAGAAGUCUGCGCGCGAGUUCAUCAUCCCUAUCGCGGUGGAGGGCAAGGGCUACGUCACGCCGCGCCAGAGGAGCCUCGAGCCAGAAGCCGCUUCUACCACUUCUCGUGUGCCAAGGACACCCAAACCGAGGCGGAUCAGUAGCCUUGUCAGCGGUGGAGAAUCAGAGGAAGAAGACGAUACACACAUGCACAGACUGCGGUCGACGCGCGCGGCCCGAGCGGAGUCGGUGAGCUCGGGCGAAGAGGACGAGGAGGACGAAGGCUUCCACCUGCUCACGGCUGAGAACCUGUUCUCCACGCUGCUACACAGGGUUCGCGCGUUAACCAACCGGCUCAACGGCGAGGAAGGGCCGGGCUUCCCGCACCACCCGCACUCGCUGUUCAACAACCUGCAGUCGCCUUUCUUCAACAGCCCCCACUUACCCAGGAGACAUCUGUUUCGCGAAGGUUGGGGCGCGCGCGACCUGCACGCGAACUUCGACUCUAUGUUCAACAAGCCGCGCCACGCGCCCCGAGGCGGUAGUAAGAAAAGUAAGGAACCGCGGGCGCGCGCCGACGACGGCGACGCGCUCGACCUGUCCGACCUCGACCUCAGCGCGAUACAGUUCUCCGAGCGCGAGAUGCGCGCGCUGUCCGGCCUCACGCCCGCGCUCUCGCGCCGCCUGCAGCGCCAGCUGCUCGCACACCUGCCGCCGCGCGCCGCCACGCGCCUGCGCCGCACGCUCUCGCUGCGCGACCCCGCCGACCCCGCCGCCGACCCCGCCACCUCCGACCCCGCGCCCGCCGACCCGCCGCCCGACCGCCCGCCCGGGGCGGAGCGCUCCGUCUCGCUCGACCUCGACACCGAAUCGUCGCUCGCCCAGUUCUGUACGCUGCCGCGGCUCCGGCGCCGCUCGUCGGCGUCGCGCGAGAAGUCGCCGCCGGGCGAGGCCGCGCCGCCGCCGCCCGAGCCGCGCUCGCGCCCGCUGCUCAGCAAGUACCUGACGCCGGAGCGCGCGCUGUCGCUGGACGACUCCUCGCACUCGUCGGAGGGCAGCGUGCCGUCGGAGGCGGGCGGCGCGCGGCGCCACUCGAUGCGCCUCGCGGGCGAGCCGGCGCGGCGCCGCGUGUCGCGCUUCCUGCGCUCGGACUUCUUCGACGCCCCGCCGGACGAGACCGCGCUCGCGCGCCGCCGGAAAGAGAAGGAGCUCGAGACUCAGAAGAUCCUCCGGGAGAUCAGGGAGAAGAGGAACAGGUCCCUCGAGGCCGCCGGCGUCGCGAGCCCGACGGAGGCGGACGACCCGGCGAGGAAGUGCCUGUCGCCCGUGUCGCUGCUCGGCGGCAAGGAGCGCAGCAGGUCGAACACGCCGUUCUUCCCGAUCCUGGACAACAUCAAGGAGACGGCGGCGGACACGUCGCCGGCGGCCACGCGCGAGCGCCGGACGGCGGCCGAGCGGCCUCGCUCGCGCGUCGAGGACUCGCUCGGGCGGGAGUCGCGGCUGACGCGGCCGCGCAGCUACCCGGUCAAGAACCUCGACGCCGCCGACGAGCCCGGCCUGACCCCGGCCGAGAGCAACGAGGAGAACGAGUGCCGGGACAAGAGUCUGCAGAGGGAAUCCAAACUGAUCCGACCGAAGAGCUACCCCGCGAGCAGUCCCUCUCCCGAAAAGGUGUACAUAGACCGCACCCUCAGCAAGAGAGACGAGCCGCGGGCGGCGGCCGCCGAGGAGUCUCGGAAAGAGGCCGGCGAGCACGUAAAAGGCGAUGGGGCGCGGGCGGCGGGCGACGCGGGCGGCGCUGCCGACGUCGAAGUUAGCUUUAGUAUUACCUUACCCAAGAAGAAACCCGAAAAAAUUAGCAAAUUAGAUUCGCUCGAAAUUUGCGAGCCCUCGUCUCAAACUGUGGUGACUGCGAAAGUCGACGGCGAUAAAUCCACGAGUGACAGUCUUGUCGUUAGGAAGUAUCAGAUAAUUAAUAGCGCCGAUGACAAACCGGACCAAAAGAUUGAAAACGGUAUCGUCAGUAACGGUGGGUCGAAAGACAUCAUCGACAAAGCCAAUUUGAACGCUGACGAAGCUAAAACGAAGCAGAAGGCGACAACGAACGCCAAGAAAGAUGAGGUGAAAGCGAAGACCGACGGAGAGGCUGGUGAAAAGAAGGGUACGAUAAAGAAAAAGAUCAUCAGGAAAGUUUCCUUGAAAUCAAAGACUGAGUUAGGAAGUAGCCAAGACGCCGGCGAGGGAAAAGCGCCGACCGAGAAGAAAAAAGUCACAAAGAAAGUGAAAGAAAAACCUGCCGAGGAUGGAACUAAACCCGCUACGGUCACAAAAAAGAAAUCUGUCCUACAAUCGAUCGGGCACAAGUUAGAAAAGUUUACAUCGACAAAAUCUAGUUCCCCGGAAAAGGGAGCCGACAGUGGCACUGCUGCUAGUAAAAGUACCGAUAAUUCCAAAGUUAGUAGAACUCAGAGAGAGCAGUCUGUGCCCGUCACAGCUGACCCGCCCACUGAGUCGAAUCUUAUCAAAAGAGCCGUCACGCUUACUGAUGUCGCUGCUUUAGAAACGCAACCUGCUAAUAAUACCAAAACCACUGUCUCAAAAGUACUGGGUCUCUUCAAAAAAUUCGAACCCAAAGAAAAACCCUCAAAACCGCCCAUUGAGACGUCACUAAGUGAGAACCUGGAAAAAGAGAAGAUAGAAAUAAACAACUUGGCUAGCAGCAAACCCGAUAUAGUAGCAGAAUUAAUAUCAGAGAGCACCGAAAAAGAUAAGCCCAGGCGGCCGACGUCCUUAUUGCUCAACGGAUUAAGUCGCAAAAACAAAUAUGGCAGGACGGCGAGUGACAGUGUGUCCGCAGCGUAUACAGAAACUGAUGACCCACCGGUACUUAAAAAAGACGAACCUAAGAACCUGAGAAACACUUUAAAACUCGACUUCUCCAGAUUGCCAAGAGUGAAAAAAAUAGUUCCUACAAAUCCUGUGAUAGAACCGCACGUUAUGAAUUUGACAUCGGAAGAUAAAGACGCCGAAAAGAAAAGUGUAUGCGAAAAGAACGGCACAAUAUCUGACGGCAUUUCUAAUAUCGAAAACGAAGAUGCGCAAAGCCGGAGCAGAUCUCGCAGCAGGUCCACCGUUUCCAACUCAGAACUCAAGUCCGAUCUCAGCGCAGAAGGCAAGCCCUCGGACAAAUAUUCCGUGUCGCCUUCCGAGACCACCGCGCACCAUCCGUUACGUAAUCGAGAGUCGACCACGCCCGAAAAGGAAGAUAUAGUUGACAGAAUACGAAGGAAAAGCUUUUACUCCAGGUUUAAUGAAAAGAAGCAACGCAGGAAGAGCAGCCUGGUGGGCCCCGGCGCAGCCGAGUACGACCCGCUGGCCAGGAUACACUCGCCGCCCGCCGAACCCAAGCUCGACGCCUCUCCCACCUCCCCCGGUAUCUUCGACCUGUCCCCGGGCUACUCCGUCGCCUCCGACCUGUCGCCGUCCACGGAACGUUACAGGACUCUGUUGACGGAUCUAUCCAUUAGCAAUAGGAAUAAUAUUAGGUACGAUAAUCACGGACUGAACGAUAAAAUUGACACAUACCGAUCGCUGGACAGAAACGAUUUUAGAAAAUACCCCGGCAGCAGGAGUUAUCUGGACUACGAUCAGCCCACCUCGUAUGGCACUCACAGAUAUUCCAGAACCAAGUCUCUGUUGGACGACGGGCUCGACGAACCGAGUCUCGGUCAGAUCAGAGAUCCGCUGAAAUAUAGCAGAACCCUCUCCAUGUAUUCCCCUGGAAGUUACGCUACGUACAGACCGAAGCGAACGACGCGGAACUCUGCAAUAAUACUGAAAGAAAGCGAAAAGGAACCGAGCCCCGAAAAUAUACUGGAAAAAAUUAGACAAAGAAAGAAGAUAUCGAUCAGCGUGACUCGGAAACCGGACCCCGAAAAGGACCCACUGCCAAGAUCCACUGUCUCACCUAAAGGCGAAGGCGACGGUGCAGAACGCUCUGAGAAAGCUGACUGAGAGGAACUAUUGAAGCGCGAACACUAAACGAAUCAAUUUUGUGAUUUACUUAAGCAUUUGUUAUCGAGUCACCAUUUGAAACUUUUGUCUGACGUUUUGUAGAAUAGUUAACGGAGUCCCAAAAAGGUUCCCACUUAUGUUUAGCGACCGUUGUGUUAACAAACGCGAUAUGAUCUGAAGUCGAGGCAGAAUCGAUGAAAUCUUGCCAAAAGCCCUGCACAAAUGUUAUAGUGUUGUAUUAGUAACACGAAUCUCACCAACGACACGUGCUUACCGUAAGACUGUCUUUAGUGGCAAACGUAGAUGUAUACUCAAAUUUCAAUGAAUCUCCGUCGAAAUUUUGUAUGUAUAGGCAAUCACGAAAUUUUUUAGUUCCUUAUUUCACGUAUUGAGGGCUUAUAAAAUUGAUUUUUGAAAAAUCGAAUAGGAGUAAGUAUAUCCACAGUCUCAUUGUAUUCUGAAAAUUCUGUACAUUAUUACUAUAUUUUAUUUAUUGACAGUAUUUGUUAUACCGUAGUUUCAUCUCGAACUGCGCACAGACUGCGAAGUAUUUUAUGACAGCUUUUUGAAAGCUGGACAGGUUAUUAAUUACAUAACUAACUAUUGAAAUGUUAUAUUUUGCAAAGAACAGACUUUGUUUGUUAAGUGUUUAUUGUAAAUUGAUUCUUAUGUGCCUUUAUAAAACAUAAGUGACUGGAUUUGAUAUUAGUCCAUUUUAUUGAAAAUGAUAAAAUGACACGAUUUUAAGUGUGUGUUUGCACAAAUACGUUUUACUCAGUAUGUUUAAUAUUAAUUUUUCAUAGUAAUUUUAUCGAUUUUACAUUUUUAUGUGACCCUAAGUCAGACGUAAGUUAUUUUUUUUAUCAUAAUCAUAUAGUAUUGAAUGCUAAGUCACGUUGUAACAGUAAUCGAAUAGUUGGUGCUUAGAUGAUUUUGUUAGGAAUAACUUGUAUUUAUAGAUUGGACGUGUUAUAGGAUCACUCACUGACACUAUUACAUUUAGUAACAGAUUAGCGUUUUUAAUUGUUAGAUUUAUAUGAAAUUGGAUUUCCAGACCGACAGAUAAAAUCCACACGAAUGUAAAGUAUUAUUAUAUGAAAUUAUAUUUGUUGCCAUUUUGUAUACCUGUACACGCGCCAAUAAAAUUGACUUGUUGAAUAAUAGAGGUGUAAAACUAAAAUAUAACUAUAUACAUGAGUUUGACAUUUUCAUUUAUCAUCUGUGAACUAUUUAAUAAAUUUAUUUAUUAAGUGUGUGGUGAUUUUUAAUAUUUCUCGUAGAUGCUAUGCAGUGACCCGGACUGUGAUUGUUU